AUGCAGGGUGUCCCAAAAGCCAGCGCACCGAACAAUGCGGGCAAGAUGACCUUCCUUUCUCGCACCGAAACCUUUGCAGCAGCUCACAGGCUGAGCAGCAAAUCCCUGAAUGAGGACGAGAACAGAAAGCUGUUUGGAAAAUGUAACCAAAGCCAUGGGCACAACUAUAAAGUGGUAGUGACCAUCUGUGGAAAGAUCGACCCCAUCAGUGGCAUGUUCAUGAAUAUUUUCAAGCUUCAGGAAUAUAUGCAGGAAGCCAUCAUGAAGCCUCUUGACCACAAGAACCUGGACCAGGAUGUGGAUUACUUUGCGGAUGUCAUAAGUACGACAGAGAACGUGGCUGUGUACAUCUGGAACAACCUUGAAAAAAUCCUUCCAGCUGGAUGCCUGUACAAGGUCAAGGUCUAUGAAUCCGACAGAAACUUCAUUGUCUACAAGGGAAACUAA